CCCAGCUGUUUCCUGUUGAAAAUGUCUCUGUAAUGUAGAUAAAUGUGAGGGAUUUUCUCUCCAAAUCCGUCUCCUGUUCGCUAAAUCUCACUUCUCCACAACGAGCCUGCGCAAUGGAACAAAGUCGGAAUAUUGAGAUGUGACAUUGCCCGCAUCUCAUCCUCUUUCUCGCUUUUUAAUGACUUCAAACAAGUUCAUUUUUGCUGGGCUUUUGCUGGAGACCCAAGGGGAUGUCUAGCAGUCAUUUCUUCCAGGGGCAUUGGUGUGAUGUCUUUAAGUGUACCAUGCGCUGUCUCUCGUGCACCCACACCCUCUCACUGGUGCUGUGCGUCCUCGCGUUGACUCCCGCGACACUGGAGGCGGGGCCGGAGACGCUGUGCGGGGCGGAGCUUGUAGACACGCUGCAGUUUGUGUGUGGAGACAGGGGCUUUUAUUUCAGCAAACCGACAGGAUAUGGGCCUAGUUCGAGACGGUCGCACAAUCGCGGCAUCGUGGAUGAAUGCUGCUUUCAGAGCUGUGAGCUGAGGCGCCUCGAGAUGUACUGUGCGCCUGUAAAGCCCGGCAAAUCUCCACGAUCCCUACGAGCGCAACGGCACACAGACAGUCCCAGGACAGCAAAGAAACCUAUAUCUGGACAUAGCCACUCUUCCUGUAAGGAGGUUCAUCAGAAGAACUCGAGCCGAGGAAACACAGGGGGCAGAAACUAUCGCAUGUAGAGGACAGUAGGGCGAAUGGCUGAGAGAGACAAGUGAAACCGUUGGACAGCGGAAAACGAGAGUAAAAAAAGACCGUGGUCUUCCAGGGACGUGCUCCACUGUAAAAAACAUAACAAAACAAACAAAAAACCCCCCAAAAUACUAAAAAUACAAUUUAAAAAACAACAAGAUACUGGAUACUGUUAAAGCCCCAUGUUAAGACAAACAAAAUCUGAUGAUUUCCAUACACUGCACCAUUCCAUACUGGGGGAAAAUACUAAAUUAGCUGCUAAAAAAGUCAAAUGAUAACGGUUUAUCCUCUUCGUGUGAACAGUUGCACCUAAUGGAUGCCGAAAGCUUUUUAUAGUGGCAAAAUAUUAAUGUUUGCGGGCACAGAAAGGAGUGAGAUCACGGACCGUGAUGACAAGAAAGGCUGUCAAGCCCGUUUGGAACCCUUGCAAACCCGAACUACGGCUGCACAGAGAGAUGACGUAUAAAAUACAAAUCAGUCUUUUCGUAUUUGAAUCGUUGUGCAAGACCAGAUCAAGGGGGAUUAUACAAAAGCCUUAUGCAGAUGUGCUGAGGUGCUCUAGAGAACACAUUUAGGAUUGAUGAAACAUGACCUACAUCCUGCAAAACACCUUGUGUGUGUUUUUGUUUUUUUAUUGUGUGUGAGGGAUCUUUGCUUCUUUUUUAAAAUAAUUUUAAAUGCAUGGUUUACCUUCUUUAGAAAAUGGGAGGUGAAAGCCAUUCACUCGAACAGUUAUCCGCAUGCAUUUACACCAGUGUAUCAGCACGCACAGGAAAGACAGAGGGAUUACAACAGAAACCACAACAGAUGCAAAAAAUUACUAGCAAUUGUAACAUAUACCAUCAAGAAGAACUUAAUCUGGUUUAGCAGCUACUGUUUAUGAAAUAUUAUCUUUACAGCGAAAGACUGGUGACAUGACUGCAACUCACUAGCUGUAUUAAAAGGAUAUUUCGCCCAAAAAUUAAAAUUGUGUCAUUUACUCAUUUUUACUUUACCCUCCCAUGGGUUUACUUACACUAUGACAUUUUCAGUCCAUUUCUGAUGCUCAUUUCUUCUGGGUAAAAGGCAGUUGUGAUAAUACAGCCUUAUGGCUCAUAUGUGACCAUUUUAAACCAUCACAUAAUUACCUUUUUUAUUUUAUUUUUAGUUCACUGAAGCGGAAAUGGGCUUAUAUAAAGGUGAAAUUUAUCACUGAAUAUUGAUUUAAAUUUCUGGAUUGCAGCGCACCAGUCAUUUGGAAUUCUGUUUUAUUUGCAUUUACUGUCCUUUUUGAAGCUUUACAGACGUGGUCGCUAUAAACUAUGAUUGUACAGCAAAUAUUAGAAAAAAAAAAAAUUCUCAUUCUGAAAAAGAAAAAUACCAGAACACAGGUUCAUAAAAAUGACAGAAUGUUCUGUUUUUGGGUGAAUUAUCCCUCUACACCCCAGUUUAGGCCGUUUUUACAGUCCCUCUGCAUGGUGAUUUCCUCUUUUCUGACCCCAAUGGAUCACGUCAACCCACACUGUUUACUCUGUAUCUAUACUCAACCUAUAUUAACCUUUGCAUUCUCUAACCAUAAUCGUAUGUGAUGGCAUCAUAUAGCGGAACCAUAUAAAAGAUCAACCCACUGUAUAAUGGUGCUAUUUUGUAGUUUGUUACUUGCAGGGGUUGACUGAAAACAUGAAGCUCUAUGUUGGAAGUCUUCCCUUUUGCACAGCCUUGUGGCCACCAUUGUAAUAAUAUUCUUUUAUUUUUAUUUUUAAGCUAUUUCAAUAAGGUUACAGUGUAAGCGAGCGAAAGUAUUUUUGUGAGCUGUGAAUGCAUGGAAAGAGGAAAAAAUGUGGUCCGAGAUGGUUAAUUGCUGUUUUUUUUUUCUCUACGGUUUUUUAAUUAUUAUUUUUGAAACAAUAACGUCCCUAUGCCAAAAAACUUGACAGAGUACUGUGAACUGCAAAUGUCCAACAUUACCAAGAUUUUGACCAUCACAAAGUAGCUUUUCAUGCGCACUACAUUCAUUUAGACAUCCUGGCACUGAUUCUACAAGUCAAGUAUUUGUAACUGGCAAGGAAAUGGCGCAGUUUUCAGUGUAAUACAGACACAGUUACAGUACAAUUCAACCAGUUAGUAACAGUGUAAUUUGGCUAACACUGUACGACUCUAUUCAGGACUAUUGUUUUUCCUUUUCACUUGCCUAUGUUUUUACUUAUCAAUAUAUCUGGGAAGGUUUAAUAGGAAAAUUGCACCAAAAUGAAGUAAAUUACACCAUCAUUGUUAUGAAGAAAGGUUAUGUUUUAACUAGCAGCACGUUAACCGUUCGAAGAUAAAUCAUCUAUAAACAAGAUGAUGCAGAAGGAUAACAUUUUCAGAAAGGUAACUAUCCAUUUCUGGACAACCUAAAUUUGGGUCUUAAAGUGUUUGUACUCUUGAACUGGGCAGUAUGCGUUUUAUAUAAUCUCAAUCUGAAUUAAGAAACAAUAGAAUCAUGUAGAAUCAUAUGCAAUAGCCACCCAGAAUGUCUAUAUAAUGUGCACAAGUUUGAUGUAAUAGACCUCCAGCAAAAGGUCCUCACAUAAUACCAAAGACUUUGAAUAUUUAAGGUUGGUUGGUUUUGGAUUUGUGGCAAAUAUCAUGUGCAGCACUAAAGAUAAAAACAUUGUGCUUAUUUUGAAGUUGUUCUGUUUUCAUUAAAUUGAAUGUAGGAUUUAAGACUGCUGCGGAGAUUUGCGGCACUUUGCUUGAGUUUGAUAGUUGUCAUCAGAACAUAAAUCCAGAGACAGAAACAGAUACAAGAAAGAACAAAUAUUAGAGGAUUCUGGGCAUUGAUCAUUAAAGCAUUCGUUUGAUCGUGAGGCUUUACUGGUGCUCAAUUGCUUUCUGUACAAAAUAUGAAAAUACUGACAGAUUGUUCACCGUUCCUGCUGAAUA